AUGGCUUCAGAAUCAGAAUUACCUGCUGCUGGAAUGAGCAUUGGCAGCUCCCUACUUGUCCCUAGCGUUCAGGAAUUGGUGAAGCAACAGGGUUUGGCCACUGUUCCACCCCGAUAUGCUCGUCUUGAUGAUCAGGAUGUUGCUUCACUCCAUCAGCAGCAGCCUCAGCUUCCAGUUAUUGACCUCCAGAGCUUGCUCGAUCCAGAGUCCAUGGAUUCUGAACUCGCCAAGCUCCACUCCGCCUGCAAAGAUUGGGGCUUUUUCCAGUUGGUAAAUCAUGGGAUAAGCAGUGGUCUGUUGGAGGAGAUGAAGGCACAGGUUCAGGAAUUCUUCAAUCUGCCAAUGGAGGAGAAGAAGAAGCUGUGGCAGUUUCCAGGAGAGGUUGAAGGGUUUGGACAGACGUUUGUGGUCUCCGAGGAACAAAAGCUGGACUGGAGUGACAUUUUCUACUUGGUCACCCAGCCACCCUAUCUGAGGAAGCCUCACUUGCUCCCUAACCUCCCUCUUCCUUUCAGGGAUACUGUAGAGCAGUACUCGUUGGAGGUGAAGAAUCUGGCCUCCACCAUCCUGAAACAUGUUGGAAAGGCUUUGAAGAUCGAAGGGGACGAGGAAAUGAAGGAUUUUUACGAGAACGUGAGGCAGACGAUGAGGAUGAACUACUACCCUCCAUGCCCCCAGCCAGAGAGAGUUAUGGGGCUGACUCCUCAUUCGGAUGGCACUGGUCUCACCGUCCUUCUGCAAGUAGGUCAAGUGGAUGGUCUGCAGAUAAAGAAAGAUGGAAGAUGGGUUCCUGUCAAGGCAAUUCCCAAUGCUUUCGUGGUCAAUGUUGGUGACAUUCUAGAGAUCAUAACCAAUGGAGCAUACCGUAGCAUCGAGCACCGUGCACUGGUGAAUUCGGAUAAGGAAAGGCUCUCGAUUGCCUGCUUCCAUUCUCCAAGGUAUGAUGGUGAAACCGGGCCUGCUGCUAGCUUGAUCACAAAAGAGACACCGGCUCUUUUCAAGGUGGUGACAAUCAGAGAGUUCUACAAUGGCCUCUUUUCCCGCCAGCUUGACGGCAAGGCUUACAUCGACACUUUGAAGAUCCAACACAACGAGAAACCUUGAUCGAAGCAGGGAUAGAAUGUGCAAGGGUUGAACAAUCGCAACGUUCCAAGUUUGAGUCAUGUGACUGACUCUCUCUUUGGUAUCCUUCAUUCCAUUGUUGUUUCUUGUAAGCGA